GAGAGAGAGAGAGAGAGAGAGAGAGAGAGAUGGAUUGAUAGACAAAUGCAGAGAGGGGCGGAACUCGGAAAUACAGUACAGCGCUUAUCCCUCACGUCUUGUGUUUUUAGCCAUCUCGUGAUGAUGAUGAUGAUGAUGAUGGUGAUGAUGACGACGACGAUGACGACCGCAGGUGCUGGACAUGGGUGAACCAAGGUCUCUGGCAAAAGAAGAGAAGGAAACGCAAGGAUACAUUACUUAUCAGAGCUCGGCGCUGCGCUCACACGGGACGUAUUUGUUUUGUUACCGCAAAGAGUUUAUUUAUUUUUUAGUUUUGGUGUGCGUAAAAGAAGGCGCAGCAAAGUAUCCCCCCCCCCCCCCACCCCAACCCCCUCCACCAGCACCACCUCCAAACAGCACCGGAGAUUAGCGAGAUUUUUUUUUUUUCUUCCAGGGGGAGUGAACUGAAAACUUGGGUUUCAAGGUGCUUUCUCGCUGCAGCUUUCUUCUUCUUCUUCUUCUUCUUUUUCUUUUUUCUUCCAACCCCGUGCCACGAGAGACAUGACGGAAGAUGAUCUUUGAUGGACAUGAAGGUGUCAGGAGCUGGCCGAAUCCCUUCGUGAUUUUUUGUGCUUAUUAUUAUUAUCGAAGCCGAACAAUCUGUUAAGUCCCCCCCCCCCACCCCCUAAAAAAAGCAGGCAGUUUAAAAAAAAAGAAAAGAAGAAUUUUUUUUUUUUCCUCCAACCUCCGAGAUCAAAAAACACCACCCUUCCCCCGAGAAACGGGAUGAUUUUCCAGAACUGACAGACUCGAUUUUGUUUGUAAUCCCUGCAUGAGAAGCACCGUGGAGAGCGACGGUCACUAUGCCGAGGAGAAAGCAGCAAGAUCCGCGGCGAUCAGCAGCGUACAUGCCCGAAGACGAGCUCAAGGCAGGCGAUCACGAUGAGGAAGAGCACCUGCAGGACGACGGCCUCUCAUUAGACGGCCAGGACACUGAGUUUCUGUGCAACGAGGAAGAGGAAGAUGUGGACGGAGGCCAGCCACCUAGUUACAGAGACUCUCCACUUAGCAAUGGCACUAACCCCGACGCUGGAUACGGGUCUCCCCUCAGUGAUGUCAGCGACCGGCUGACGGACUUCAAGAGCACCUCUUCCAGGGACGGUCAGGAAAGGGAAAGCACAGCUUUGCCCUUCCGCCCCAACAACGGCCUCUCUCUCCAGGAUAGCCUGGCACAGAUGAAAGCCGUCUAUGCAAACCUCAUCUCAGAUGCCUCUUGGUCCAGCAUCACAAUGGACAUCAUGAAAUCUAAGCCUGCUGCAGCUGGCAGUGUCAACAGUGCCCACACCACUCCAGAGCCCGCCCCUACUCCUUCUGUCUCCAUAACUACGACCACAGACAAGAGCAGUGGGGUCAACGUGGCUAGCAGUCACCACAACGGCAGGAGCUCCAGCACCACUGUCAACCACACAGGCAGCGCAAGUAACAACACUAAUGGCACAGCAGCUAGCUUUGUUAGCAGCCAAAGGGCAACCAGCUGUAGUGGGAGCAGCAGUGGUGGGGCUAGUAAUGGUGGUGGUGUAGCCUAUGACUGGCACCAGGCAGCACUUGCCAAAACUUUUCAGCGGACCCCCUACCACCUUUUACCAGAGCCCAGCCUCUUCAGCACCGUGCAGCUCUACCGGCAGAACAACAAGCUGUACGGUUCGGUUUUCACUGGUGCGAGCAAGUUUCGCUGCAAAGACUGUAGCGGGGCCUAUGACACACUAGUGGGUUUAACAGUCCACAUGAACGAGACGGGCCACUAUCGAGACGACAACAAGGACAAAGACGAGGAUCAGGGAAAGCGCUGGUCCAAGCCGCGUAAACGCUCCCUGAUGGAGAUGGAAGGGAAAGAGGAUGCCCAGAAGGUGCUGAAGUGCAUGUACUGUGGCCACUCAUUCGAGUCUCUGCAAGAUCUCAGCGUUCAUAUGAUCAAGACCAAGCAUUACCAGAAAGUGCCUCUCAAAGAACCAGUGCCAACCUUGGCCACUAAACUGUUGCCCAGUUCUGCUAAAAGACGAGCAAUCCACGAUGCUAUAGUCUCCCCAUGCUCCCCGGACUCCCUCCAUGCUGGUAGCGGUGGUGGUAAUGUAUCUCUUGGGGAGGUUGGCAAAGAUACAAAAUCUGCAGCUAACCCCUAUGUUACGCCAAACAACCGCUAUGGCUACCAGAACGGUGCCAGCUACACGUGGCAGUUUGAAGCUCGUAAAGCCCAGAUCCUCAAAUGCAUGGAGUGUGGGAGCUCUCAUGACACGCUGCAACAGUUGACUGCCCACAUGAUGGUUACCGGGCACUUUUUGAAGGUUACAAAUUCUGCAUCCAAGAAAGGCAAACAGCUGGUUUUUGAUCCAGUGGUGGAAGAAAAGAUUCAGUCUAUCCCACUGCCACCGACCACCACCAGACUCCCCGUUCCCAGUGGUGUUAAGUCCCAGCCAGUGUCACCUGCCCUCUCCUCUGGCUCAGAGGACAAGAGGGAAGGAGGUGAAGAUGAAAAAGUCGAAGCCGAUGAGCCAGUGGAGCGAAAAAUCAAGGAGGAGAGAGAUGACCCAGGUGAGAAAUCUGAGACUAACGCCACGUCGUAUAAGUACCUUAGAGAAGAAGAUCUGGAGGAGGCACCAAAGGGGGGUUUAGAUAUUCUCAAAUCCCUUGAGAACACAGUAUCCAGUGCCAUCAGCAAGGCCCAGACAGGCACACCCACAUGGGGUGGCUACCCAAGCAUUCAUGCAGCCUACCAGCUGCAGGGUGCCAUGAAGAGCUCUGGCUCCCUUCUGCACCCGAUGGUCCAGAGUGUUCAGAUGCAGCCAAUGUUUAACAGUGGGCUACGAGGCCUGGUGACUGACCCCAGCUCAGUCAUCCACUCGCCUCGGAGCCCUUCCUCCCCUACCCCCCUCAGGAGCAAUGUCACUGCCAUGGAGGAGCUUGUGGAGAAAGUGACAGGGAAAGCUGCCACUGUGAAGAAAGAAAAGGAGGAGAAGAUGGUGAGCCUGGAGCGAUGCCGGCCCCCGUCGCUAGUACAAUCCCCCUCUCCUGCACUGAGAGAGCAGCGAGAACGAUUAGCUUCUCCAAAUGACCUUUCUGUAGGUAAGCCAUCUGGUAUAAGAAGUAGCAGCCCGCGCAGCGCAGAUUCAGAGCUCAUCUGCAAGAAGGAGCCCAAAGAGAGCCUAUUAGACGGCCACAAUAACCAUUCAAAGAACGGCUCCGAGGCGUGCCAAUCCCCAGUAACCAAUGGCAACUGUCUUGGCAUCAUCACCGAUCACUCACCGGAAAGUCCUUUCAUCAACCCUCUCAGUGCACUCCAGUCAAUCAUGAACACGCACCUCGGUAAGGCCUCCAAACCAGUAAGCCCCGCCGCAGACCCACUAUCUAUGCUUUACAAAAUCAGCAACAGCAUGAUGGAUAAGCCAGCUUUCAACCCAACUCCUCAGGGCAAGCCAGCGGAGCCCAUCAACCACUAUCCAUUGUAUGAAAACAGUGACCAGCCCAUAGACCUUAGUAAAAGUAAGGCCACCAUUAACAGUAACAGUAACAAUAACAACAGCAGCAGCAUGCUCCUGACCAACAGCAGCGUGAAUGGUAACAAACCCCUCAUUUCCCUCCCUGACUCGGUCUCCUCUCCUCUGAGAGAGAAUGCUCUGAUGGACAUUUCUGACAUGGUGAAGAACCUCACUGGGAGGCUGACGCCCAAAUCUUCAACCCCCUCCUCGAUCUCAGAGAAGUCGGACGCCGACGGCAGCGCAUUUGAGGACGCCCUAGACGACCUCUCUCCGGUGCAGAAGAGGAAAGGGAGGCAAUCCAACUGGAAUCCCCAGCACCUCCUCAUCCUCCAGGCACAGUUUGCCUCCAGCCUGAGGGAGACCUCAGAGGGCCGCUUCGCCAUGACUGACCUGGGCCCCCAGGAAAGGGUCCACAUCUGUAAGUUCACAGGCCUCUCCAUGACCACCAUAUCCCACUGGCUGGCUAACGUCAAGUACCAGCUGAGACGGACUGGGAGCACCAAGUUUCUCAAGAACAUGGACUCGUGCCAGCCCGUGUUCCUCUGUGGUGACUGUGCCUCCCAGUUCAGGACUCCCUCCUCCUACAUCGGCCACCUGGAGUCUCACCUGGGCUUCAGCAUGAAGGACCUGUCCAAACUGUCAACUGAGCACCUUCGGGAGCAGCAGGCUGCCUCAAAGGUGAUCACAGACAAAAUGACAUUCGGCAGCCCCCUGUCGGCCUUGACCACGGCAGAGGACGACACGAGCUCUGUGUACCAGUGCAGACUCUGCAAUAGGACAUUCGUCAGCAAACACGCAGUCAAACUGCAUCUCAGCAAGACCCACGGCAAGUCUCCAGAGGACCACCUGGUGUAUGUCACUGCUCUGGAGAAACUGGAGAAGCUGGACAAGAUGGAGAAGGUUUAAGCGGGGGGUCUCGAGCUGAGAGUAGAGACUGACAGCUGUGGAACUGACUAGAAUUUCAUUGCACUAAAAUGACAUUGUUCACAGUUACUGCACUGGGCCGAACUGAGCCGCCAGAAGAAGAAGAAAAAAACGGUCUUAUUUUAUUUUUUUGUUGUGAUAACUGCCUGACUGGACCAUGUCUUUUCAUGUUUAUUUGUUUUUUGUUUUGCCAAGCUUUUCUUUUCUUUUUCUUUUUUUACACUUAUUUUGUAAUAUAUUUAUAUGCUAUUUGUCUGAUCUGUGCAUGUAUUUGAGUGAAUCAAGGUUAAACUCAAGAUUUUAAUCUUUUCAUGGCAAAAAUACAACUACUGCUUCAAUGGUAAAAGUGGCGAGUGGAAAAAUAAUUGGUGGGAGAGAAAAACUGUAAAAUACUUGAUAUGAAGAAGGUGAAAAUUAAAUGUAUACACCAAAAAAAAAAUGAAAGAAUACCCUGAAAGACUGAAGUAGCACCUUAGACAGUUGAAUUCUGAAUUUGUAAAGAGAACAUGUUUUGAAAUAUCUUGCAUUUGUCAAAAAUCCUUCAGAUUUUAAAAGAUCAAGGACCAUCAUUUCCCCACUUCUCCUUUUUUUUGGGGGGUUCCUAUCACUGCAAUGUUCAUUUCUGAUGAUGAACGGCCUGCUCAUAAAUCUGUCAGUGUAUUUGAACAAAAAAAAAAAAAAUAGAUCACGUGAACA